AUGUCCAUUUCCCAAGGCAUGGCCUCUCUCUCCAGAGACCCCAGUCGCCUGAGUCUUCACGGCCUGAAAGGCGACCAGCGAUCAGAGACAGGCGAGAGCUUUUACAAAUCCGACAAACCCUCUGGCAUCCCAGUUGCUACGGGCCGUCCUGGAAGUGGCAACCCGGUCACUUCGAGACCUCCACAGGGACAGGGACGCCAAAAGCCAGGCACAAACAUUCCGCACCGCUUCUUGACUCCAGCUGAGUGGGCUCGUGUAGCUCAUGGACUCGGGGCAAUCAGGGAGGGAGAAACGCACCAGGUCGUCCACCCUUCUUCCUGGUAUUGGCCGCCGAAGGGUCUUCCAGAAGGCCUCUACCGGGAUAUCGUCACCCAGCGAACCAAAUACUUCUACUCUUAUCACAUCCUGAGCGUCCUGCGCUGGCUUCUCAUGCUUCUUCAGAUCAUCCUUGGAGCUGUUUUGACAGCCCUUGGCUCGUUCCAGACGACCGACGGCACCCCGGUUACUGUGCUGGCCGCCAUCAACACUGUCGAUGCUGGAAUACUCGCUCUUAUGCACAACAGUGGGUUGCCUGAUCGCUAUCGUUUGGACAAAGUUGAGUUCGUCAAGGUUGAAGAUUUUCUCAAGGAACUCCUUGAUACGGGCAUUGUCGAACAACACCAGACCGUCGACGAUAUUCUCAGCGAUUGCUUUGCACGAUACCAGAAAGCCAAAUCCAUUGUCCUGGCUAACAUGCCCGAGUCCUACACGACCCAAGCAGCACCAUGGAUUGGAGAAAAAGCGCCGAUGAUAUGUCCUGAUCCGUCCGCCCAUUUUGUCAUGUCGGUUCAACCACAGUCGCAACCGAGCCAGGACAAGCAGUAG